CUGGCGGCGGUGAUAGUUUCCUCCGAUGUGACCCCGGCCCCGACUGGUCGGUCGGUCGGUCUCCCUCCCCACGUUUGGCCGUGCCCCGAGACUCCGCGCUAAAGUCAGCAUUGAAUAUUGGGACUGAGUAGAUUUCUACAGAUUCCUCCAGAAUGACCAGUGACUGUAGCAAAAAACCUAUUCUUAGAGAUGUGGUGGCAUUUGUAGACGUGUGGUCUUCAACUAAGACUGAAAACUACUCCAAAUCAUUUAUAGAACAUUUGGUUGAUAUGGGUGCCACGGUUUUAAAAUACUUCAAUAAGCAAGUGACACAUGUGAUAUUCAAGGAUGGACAUGAAAGUGUGUGGAAGAAGGCUCAGAAAAUGGGUGUGAAGUUGGUGUCUGUACUUUGGGUGGAAAGGUGUUUGGUGACACGCAGCCACGUUGAUGAAUCCCUAUUUCCUGCAAAAAAUGAAAGUAAACAUUUAUUUGAAAAUAAGAGAACUCAUAGAUGUAUGAAGCCCAAGGACUUCAUAGAAAAGACACCAGAGAACAACAAGAGGCUGCAGAAGAAAUUUGAGCAAAUGAUUCAGGAGCUAGAUUUAAAAAGAACUUCUGGAGCUGAUGUGCCGUUACUUUCAUUUGAAGAAGCUGCUAAAAUUAAAUCGGUUCCCCCAAAUCAUUUCUGUGAAAUGCAAGAAAGAUUGAAGGAAAUGAAAGAAAAACGAGAAAACCUUUCACCUACUGAAACUGAUUCUGGAGGUGUGUCUGUUAAUAAAACUUCUGAACAAAGCAAGACUUCACUCUCAGAUGAUUAUGAAGGACAAGUGGGUCAACCUUCCUGGACAGUGCCUUUUGUACAGGGAAUGCAUUUAAUCAAAUCGCCACAGAAUGAAAACAAAAAUACUUUACUGCAAAGAAGAAAAAAAUCGAUUACUAAAAUGAAAUUACAGUUUCUGAAGACAAGUACUGCCACUUCUCUGCAUCAUGACCAAGUCUCAGGUGGCUCAAGUAAUCAGGAAUUGAAUGAACAGUAUUCUGAAGGAAGUGUGAAAGAUUUGAACAACGCUACAGCAGAUCUGAACCUUAGUAAUGCACUACUGAACAAAACUGUGCAAUCACCUCCACUAGUGAAGUCAACAGCCACUGUAGAAAAUCACUCUUUUAGAGAAUCAGAUUUUGUAUCAAAUGAAUAUUAUAAAAAUUAUCCUCUGCAAUCUAAUAUUUCAAUUGCACCUAAGAAAAAUCAAUGUAGCUCAAAGAAAAAUUGGAAAUUAUUUAAGGACUAUUUUAAAUCAAGUCCAAAUAAUAUAUCUGAAGCAAGCAACUUGCCAAUUAAAGAGGACAGGUUGCUGUAUGAGGACUUCUUUUCUCCAGUUAACCUGAAAGACCACCAAAGAAAUAAAAGGCCUUCAUUGGGUAUGCUUCCGCCUGAAUCACCAAGUCCCCCCAGAAUUACUUUUGGAAGCGUGAAACAAAAGAGAAAAUUGCAGGCAAUCCAUCCACUGAAUUGUGUAGAUAGAAAUAAACGAACAAAAAGUGCAGCAAGCGUCAGUGUUGAAGUACAGACCAAUGCUUCUGUUUACAAAGAUAAUGAAUCUUUCAACACCGCUGCACUGACUAGCAAAAAUAUCCAUGUUGGAACCAAUGUUGCACUUCAGUCAGACACUUCUGAAAUUCGUAAGAGGAGGAAAUCUCGUAAAGAACUAUUUCAGUGUUUUUCCAAUGAAUCAGAAGAAUCUAUAAAUGAAGUGUUAGAGAAGAAAGAACUGCGACAGUGUCAUGAAGAGAAAAGGCUGGACAGGCUUCCAAAUGAUCCCACUGUGAGUUGUCCUCUGAAAGGCAAAACAAUACCAGCCAAUUUGCAUCACGAACCACAAGCCCACUCAAUAAUUUCCACAGAACGCUCUGAUCAGAAGAAAAAGAAAGAAUGUGAGAUAAAAGUACAGGACUGUCAAGAGGACAAAUUAUCCAAAAACCUCUUAAAGCUGCAAAGAGUUGACAGUGAAUUGGAUGCCAGUCAUCAGAGUUGCCCCAGCCGAAGCAGUCCCCUUGGAAUGGAGAUGACUUGUUGCCCUAAUGAAAAACACAAUUUAAACAAAGUAAUGAAUGGACCGUUUGGAUGCAAAAAGCAGAAUAUGAAGACAAGAAGAACACUUGUCAUGACAAGCAUGCCUUCUGAGAAUCAGGUCAUUAUAAUUCAAAUUGUGAAACAACUAGGAGGCUUUCUGUUCUCAGACAGCGUAUGUGAAACAACAACUCACGUCAUAGCAGGGUAUCCACGACGCACAUUGAAUGUUUUGUUUGGAAUAGCUCGAGGCUGCUGGAUCUUGUCCUUUGACUGGAUUCUUUUGUCAUUGGAGAAUGGAUGUUGGGCUCCUGAAGAACCAUUUGAACUAUCAACCCAGUUUCCUGCGGCUACUCUUUGCCGAAUAGAAAAGCAGUCAUCAGAAGGGCCCUAUCAGCAGGAUUUGUUUGUGGAUCAGCCCUUGAUGUUCAUUUCGCCCCAAAGCAAUCCACCGGCAUUGAUGCUCAGCAAACUUGUGCAGUUGUGUGGGGGAAAGGUGUGCAAGACGCCCCGCAAAGCUGGAAUUUGUAUUGGACGGUACAAGGGAAGCAGGCCUCCCGGCAACCAAUACUUGUCCGAGACUUGGAUACUGGGUUAUUUUGUGACAAGUAAUCAUUGCCCUUCCCAGGAUGAGGGGUCUCGGCCUGAAACGUCAACAAUGCUUCUCCUUAUAGAUGCUGCCUAGCCUGCUGUGUUCCACCAGCAUUUUGUGUAUGUUGUUUGAAUUUCCAGCAUUUGCAGAUUUCCUUGUGUUUUCCUUCCCUGCAUUGAUGACAUUGUACCACCAGGCUGAAGGACAGCUUCUACCCCACUGUUAUAAGUCUAUUGAACAGUUAGCAAGUACCAUAAGAUGGAUUCUUGAUGUCACCUCACUCCGUAUUGUCUGCC